UGCAAUAUUUGACUAUACAAAAUGAGCUGUUAAUACAUUGGAAUUAUAUUGAAAGCCUGAUAAUAGAAUGGUGUCUAAAAUGGUUAGCUUCAUACGGUAUUGUUUUUCAACAGCAAGUCUGUACCAAAGACCUGGCAUGCAUGAUGCCGUGUAUGAUCUUAUAUAUAUGUUCUCCGAGGCAUACCACUGAAAUGAUCAACAACAAAAUGAUAUCAUCAUCAUCAUCAACAAUCCUAACCACACAUCUCCUACUAAUCCUAACCACACAUCUCUUCACCACUUCACACUCAGAAAAAUGCAACCCAGAUGACAAAAAUGCCCUCCUUCAAUUCAAAAAACAACUAGGAAACCCAAACCAACUCUCUUCAUGGAACCCAACCACUGAUUGCUGCAACGGCACAUGGCAAGGUGUUUCAUGCGACACAGACACACAAACCUACCGUGUCAACGACCUUGAUCUCUUCAGCAUCGACCUCCCUCAACCAUACCCAAUUCCACCCUCCAUAACCAACCUACCUUUCCUCUUCUACUUCUCUCUCUCCAACAUCCCCAACCUCGUCGGAACUAUCCCUGAGUUCAUCUCCAACCUCACCAAUCUCCGCUACCUCUACAUCACCCAAACUAAUAUCUCCGGCGAGAUACCCACCACGCUCUCACAGAUCAAAACACUCGUAACCGUUGAUUUCAGUUACAACAAACUCACCGGCCCCCUUCCGGCCACUCUUUCGUCUCUCCCCAACCUCGUCGGAAUUACAUUCGACGGUAACCAACUCACCGGCCCAAUACCGGAGAAAAUUUAUUUCCUUUUAAGACAUUGACUUUUCAACUUGUUUCUCGAACGUGAGGCGAAGCUUCCUCGCGUGAAGUUUGAACACGAGAAGCGUGUGAAUUCUAUUCAAUAAAAGGAAGGUCCCUUUUAUUUCACUAGAAAGAAAUUCAGAAGACCGAAAAAAAAUCAAAGCUUACCCAACACACGUUUGUUGAGUUAGUUAAAGUGGUUGAGGUUGAAGAUUGUGAGGAGUUAAAUGAAUACGGUUUUGGUAUUUAUAGUGGACAAAUAGGGUUUAGUUACUCAUGAUAGAGAUAGAAAAGAUAGGGAUUAGAGAAUAAUUACAAGAAAGAUUCAUGAAUGAUUCUUGAUAAAACUGCUCCAAUGGUGUUAGAAAUUGCCGUCUUUGAGUUUCUCUACUAAGACACAAGUCACCCAACUUUCCAAUCAUAAAAAAGAUCUCUAAAAAGUGAUAAAAAUGCGUUUUUAUACAUUCCGCCGUGUGCCACGCACCCCAGGUUCGGAAUUUGCACUUCAGGCACAAGUAGACAGAGUCAGGAAGGCCGAAAUGCACCCCAGACGCAGAUUUUUGCGCUUCAGGUGCACAACCUUUGUUGUCUGAUGUAUAUUGCAUUUUUCUCCUCUUUAGAGUCUCAAUUUGGUUCCGGUUUCUUCAUGAAAGUUGUACCUAUGGAUCGUAGUUUUCCUUUGCA